UUGUGGUAUGGGGGAUUUUUGCAAUUUUAAUGAUUUCAAGUGUUGAUGGCCGCCAAGCAAUUAAACCGCAUGAGGAUGUGGGAGAUGUGAUUAAGCAGUUGAAUCAUAUCAAUGCACAAGAUAUUGAUACUGAAGGACCAGCAGCUUGUUUGUUGGAUGUACAAAAGGAUUUUCCACGACCGAAUGAAUUGCAACCGCUCUACCUUGUGCCAGAUACAAAUCAAUAUUGGAUGCCCAAUGAGAAAGGACAAUUGCAGAUACCACAUGGAGCAAGCAUUGAACUACAUUGCACCAAAUCAUUUGCCAAUGGUACAACGGCAAAGCCCAAGGCAACGGCGGUAGGCGACAGCCGCAACUCAAAUAACAGCAGCAUCUCUAUCACUAUCGCUUCCUUCUUUUCCACUGUUGGCAUCAACACCACCACCAGCAGAAAUUUUUUUCUCAUUCCCAAGAACACCAGGACAAUACGUCCUCGUUGCCUGCUAGAUAAAAACUUCCUGUGGCAAGGAGAAAAAUAUGAAUUCCGACAAUUCAUUUGUGAAAAAUCCACCCGUUACACCAUCGAACAAUUGCAUGAGAAGUGCCCCCCCUCUGUUGAGGCGACAAAAGAUGGCCUGGACUCCAAAGCCGAAAUGUACCGUGUUGGCUACAACAUCAGCAGGAAUAGAUUUGUGGAGACCAUGCGUAUCUGCCAUGACAAUGACCAUUUACGCACUUUGUAUGUGCAGCAUGUACUGUUGCCAGCAAGCAUUCAUUUCCAGCGAUUUGUAAAGCGCUUGAAUUUCAGCAAAGCAGGUUACUUCAAGGAUUUCAACAUGCAUUACCUUUACUCGCAUCACAACCAACAACAGCAAGCAUCAUUGGCGAUGGAGGCGUCCUUACAGGGUGGCGGCCAGCAUGUGUCCAUGCCCAUGCUCUUUGACAACAACACUCUGUUCUUGGCUCGUGGCCAUUUGGCGGCAAAGGCCGACUACAUAUAUGCCAGCCAGCAGAGGUCCACCUUUAACUUCUUCAACGUGGCCCCCCAGUGGCAGGCUUUCAAUGGUGGACAAUGGGCCACUCUGGAGGAUGAGGUGCGCAAGUAUGUUGCCAGGUCGAAGCUUAUGGUCGACUGUUAUACCGGCACCUGGGGCAUCAUGCAAUUGUCGUCCAGCAGCAAAUCCCCUACCAGUGGCCAGACACCACAAUCUGAUUUCUAUUUGGCCAGGGAUGCCAACAACAAUGGUCUGCUGCCAGUACCCAUGCUCUAUUACCGCAUAAUGGUGGAUCAACGGCAUCCCGGGCAUGGCAUUGCCUUGGUUGGUGUAAAUAAUCCCCAUGCCAAUUUUAAUGAAAUAAUCUCGGAGUGUGUAAUCUGUGACGAUGUCCAUGAGCAAGUCGCCUGGUUGCGUUGGAUGACUAAUAAAAAUCUGAAAAAGGGGUAUUUGUAUGCCUGUCAGGUAGCGAAUUUUGUAAAAGCCAUUGGCCAUUUGCCGAGACAUUUGCUAAAUGUUACAGAGUUGUUAGAAUUAUAUGGAACACUAGCGGAAAUAUGCAAAUUUGUUAAGAAGCUGCAGGAUUCAGGCGGAAACAAAAGACCUAAAAUUGUGGAAAAAAUUGUUCACUUGCAACUGGAUCACCAUGGCUACAUUCAGCUGGAUAUUCAUGCCUGCAUGCGUAUGCUAGCCCCACUUUCUUGUGGCUACAAAGCUACGCAAAAGACACAGAGAGAUUGA